GAGUGGCGUAAUUACAUCUCAAUUUUUCAGUUUUGAGUGAGAUGAAAUUCUACAAAAUUCGAACAUCAAAUAGGCGAUUUUAGGGUUCAUUUGAUGCCACAACUAUUGAUUUUCAUUAUUCAAUCUAUACUCAGGUCAGAUACACAACAUCGAACCCUAAUUUUCAAUUUUCGUCAUAAAUUAUUAUUCAUCACCAAUUGGUGAGAAUUUGAUGCCCUAAAUUGUUCCAAAAUGGUUGGAUCAAGAUACAGUGAUGAUGAUGAAGAUGAUGUAUUUUACUAUAGAUAUUCCUCUGCACCACAACAACAACCUUUAUCAUCAUCAUCUUCAGACAAAACCCUAACAAAAUCCUCUUCGAAUCGGAAUCGAAGUGGCGGUUUAGCCCCAUCGAAAUCGACUGUUUACGUUAGCAACCUCGAUUACACCCUUACGAAUUCUGAUAUAUUCACAAUCUUCUCCACAUUUGGGAAGGUUGCCAAGGUCACCAUCCUUAGAGACAGGGUCACUCGAGAGAGCCGUGGCGUUGCUUUCGUGUUGUUUGUUGUUCGUGAUGAUGCCGUAAAAGCGGUUACGGGAAUUAAUGGUAAGGUUCUUAAUGGUAGGACGUUGACUGCUUCGAUAGCGGCUGAUAACGGUAGGGCGCCAGAGUUUAUUAGGAGACGGGUGUAUAAAGAUAAGAGUAGGUGUUACGAGUGUGGAGAGGGUGGGCAUUUGUCGUAUGAGUGUCCAAAGAACCAGUUAGGGCCGCGCGAGCGGCCACAGCCGUCGAAACGAGGUAGGAGAGAGGGUUGUGGGGGUGGGGGUGGGUAUAGGCGGAGUAACGAGGAGGAUGAGGAAAGUGGCGGUGAGGAGGUGUUUGAGAACGAUGAUUGGGCGUCGGUGGUGGAUAAUGGGGCGGAUGAGAGAUUGUUGGGUGGUGGAGAUGUGAGUCGGGAUGAAGGUAGGAAGAAAGGGAAGAUGAAGAAAGCGAGUUAUUUUAGUGAUGAGAGUGACAACGAGGAAUGAUUUAGAGAUACGCCGUAAACAGAGGUAUUGGUUGAGACUUGCGAAGAUCUUUGAUCAUCAUAAGUUGUGCCUGUGGGAAUAUGGAUGAAAUGGAACGUUGGAUGUUCACAUGCAUUGCUCUUCAGUUUUUCUUCCUGGUACACCGUUGUCAUCUUUUUACAGUGUGUACAUGUUGUUCUAAUAGGAUUUUUGUGUCUCUAGACUGUUUUCUUAGUAUACCGUACUUCAAGAGUGUUUAUGUAGCCCUGUUGAAUCUUUUGGGAUCACUUUAAAAUAAGAAGUUAAGAACUUUCAUGUUUUAUGUCUA